CCGACAUCGGCCGGCGCAGAGCCUCAUCCAUCCCAUCCGAACUUCAGUCUUUUUUGUUUGGGCUUGUUUCUAUCGCAUUCAUCCGCCCUGCUGAGUUGGAUUUGUUGAAGCUUACGGCUAAUACUGUGAUUUCGAACCCGACGGCUAGUCCAACACCCUCUCGGCUUAGGUAGUCUACCUAGCCCCGAGGCCAAAGCCCUGUCGAUGGUGCUGAGAAGCUUUCCCUGCUCGCGGCAAUGGGUUUCAAGUCUCCAUCUUCGUCUUCGUCGUUGUUGUCGCUAGCUAGGUAUUAAGCUUCAGGGGCUUAGCAGACACUAACGUACAGGUGGGGCUUGAAAGGCUGGCCGACAACUUUCACUCGCAAUUGCGAGAUCCGACAACAUCAUUUACAAUGCCCGUGGCCUUUACCCGAGGCCACUUGGCUUCUAAGUGGGAGUUGAAAGCAGCUAGCAAGGUAUUCCUGCCAGUCUGUGGCUGUGGCAUGGAAGCUAUCUCGACUCAAGGAUGUGUGGUUUCUAGACUCCUAGGCUCGCCUCAGAUUCACCAUGUGAUCAUAGAUAAUGCCAACCAUAGCUCGCCUCAGCGACAAGAGCACAGAGCACCCCUUAUCUCAGCAAUCCGACAAUCACUGAUCACCUACGAGCGAAUUCGACCGAGGCGAAGCUACUCUCGAUCACGAUUCUCACGUCUUCCUUGGGCAGUGCCCAAAUGCGCAGCUAGUCAGAAACGAUGGCAGCAAUUCUCGUCCAGUCCUUUGAAGAUUUGGCCAGACAUAUAGCUAGUGAGUCAGGGUCAUGGCAGCUAAAUUGUGCGCUCAGGGAGUAUGAGGGUUGAAACUUUCUCAAACCCCUAUUGAACAACCCCUUCGAGAUUUGCGAUGCUCGACAGCUAUCUCAUACCGUCACACGGAAGACGACUAUGACAAUUUCAAUCAUAUACGAGUGUAUUUGAUUGCUCCUAUGCGAGGAACGCUCGGUCUUUUUGACUAUCAACCAGGUGACCAUGGGGCUUCCAAACAUGAGGCUUGUUUGUCCAUAGUUCAGCAAGUGACAUCCAUGGAAAUCACAAUAUUCUCAGUGAUGCCCUGUUUGAACUUGUGGUUGAGGUUGUCGAUAACAUAAAUUCGGCAAUACCGUUCUAUCUCUACAAAAAGAGGCCAGAGCCACCGCUCUCAUGAUGAAUUCGAACCAAACCCAUCAAGCCUUCUACAUCGUUAGCAGCUCUACAGCUCUUAGCCAGAGACUCUUAUCACCAUUUCUCUCACUAUUUCCUCACUACACCUUUAAUCUUGUCAACAUGAGCGAGUGGCGCUGGGAAUGCUAUAACUGUCACACCGAAAACUCAUGCACCCUCAACAAGCGGUGCAUAAACUUCGAAUGCGAAGUUGUUUAUGAUCCGUCGAAAUCCAGGGUCUUUCUAGCCACAACCCAAGACAAGUAGACCAUCUUUUCGAAGCCAUACCUCGAUCAAAAAGCAUCGCUCGCAUAAUGCGACCAGAUGCAUUCGAAAACAGACUGAAUGAUGCACUAUGGGUAUGGAGAGGCUUGGCUUUGAAGAGGCUCUGGCCCUGCAUGAAGUAACUUGGAUCUCACGGCUUUUUAUCCCGAGUUGGUUCUCCGUCUGCCAGUCGAGUCGAUGUGGGAGACAUAUCCAUUUAGACAAAACCGACAGCACCAUGUCCUGAUAUACAGCAGUACAUCAUGACGGUAUAGACAAAACGAUGGGAAACAGUACAUGCCCCUGGUACUGUUACCAAGGGCGAUGGACGGUGUUUUCAUGGUUCUCAUGGCUCUCUUUUGCGAUGAUCUGGUGGCGGUCAUCUUGCCAUCUCAUUGUUUUUAUUGGGAUAUGGGACUGUCUUCUGUCUUCAGUUAUUGUCAUUUCCUUCAUUGGUGCUUUCGAUUUCCUUCAAAUAUCCCAGCGGAUGCUAUCUCAUCUUGACUCCAGGAUGCUAGUAUCUCGAUUAACUUCGCGUUUCUCCUCUCUAUUCUAGAGUUAUCAUGGCUUUUACUUCUAUUCCCGAGUUUCCUAAGACCUGGAUUUACGUCUUUAGGCUCUCAUUGUCUUGGACUCCUUUGUUGCUUUUCCUCUGUACCUUAGACUAGACGUGUGUUGCAAUAUGCUGGCGGUUUCAUUUGACAUGGGCUUUUCAUUUAUCCGGAUUGGCAGGCUGUUAGAAAAAAAUAUUCAUUUUGAUCCUUG